AUGGCACCCCGUCGACACAAUAUAGGUGCGAGCCGACGAAGGAGACGGGAAGACGAAGGUGAGGAUGAAGGCUCGGUGGACGGAGAGGUGGAGGAGGACUCUCUAAGCGAGGGUUCAGUCGGAAGCCACCAGGAUGAUGACGAUGCAGAUGGGGAAGGUAGUGACGAGAGUGAGGACGAAAGUAUACCAGUCGACAAUCCGAACGGCCAACAGGUCAAUGGUCGUGUGCCAGAAGGGCCCCGCCGUCGCCAUUCAGUCUCCCCCAAAAAAGCUACGCUAGCGACGGCGAUUUCUGAUACAGAUGCGAUGAUGAAUGGGUUGAAGAUAUCGGGCGAGGGGAAAAGCGUUGAGGAAAUCCAUUUCGACGACAUGAGAAGGGAGUUUGAUCAGGCUGGAAGAGCACCUUCCGCACCACCCACUGAACCGACGAGAGAAUCGUUUAUGGAAACGAAACGCCCUGAGAAUGACAAAACUGCUAGGGGAAAAGGCGAGGAUCCAACUUUUGUGCCUACCCGAGGCAGCUUCUUCCUCCAUGACAAACGCUCGUCGGAAACUGGCACCAACGGUCACAAGCCCUCCAACAAGCCUAAAUCCAGGCCGUACGGUCUCAUUGUCGACGGCAAUGUUCGAAGGAAACAAGAUAUUACUACUGAAGGACCGUGGACGCAUGACCUUCACGAUACUGUUGCUGGAGACGAUCCGCCUGCUCCUAGACGACCUAAUGCCUCAACGAACGCCUCAACAUUUCCCCAUAAGAACUUUCCCACGCAUGUGCCCACGGCUCCCAAUACCUCAACUCCAAACCGAUCUUUUUCAACCACCCUGGUUGCUGGAAAAGUGCCUAUUGUGGUGCAUCUUCCAGGCAUGGAUAAGCCGGUCACCUUUCCUGCAGUUGAGAAAAAACAAUAUACCCGUCUACCUGAACAUCGACCCCCUCUACGCCGAGACAAGCCUGUUAGAAUAUCAGUUCCUGGCGAAUCAGCUAGAUAUAUUUUCCCUGCACUGAUGCGAUCCUUUGUCUUCAUCCCACGAGCGCAACGGCCCAACCAGCAAUCUUUUCGUGGGCGUGGUCGAGGCGGCUACAUGCAUGGACGCCGCCCAAGCGUCUAUGCAAGCUCUACGUACACACCCAGUGUCGCUAUGAGCCGAAGGUCGUCUUUCGGCAAACCACCAUCCCAAGAUGGUUAUCUUUCGCCAGCGGCGUCGGUCGUUUCACGGCAGACAGUAGUCACAACUGAGAAUGGGAAACCCAUUGUUCGGCUGCCACCUUCCCGAGUACCGGGAGCUGCUGUACCGAUUACCCCAGCCACGACCUACCCCCAUCCUCAACCACAACCGCAGCACCCUAUCUGGCGUGAGAGUCGUGCUACUCCAAUCACAAUACAUCAACCUCGCCCGCAGAAGGCUGUUUCCCUAGCGGACAUUGAAACCCCAGCCAGCUUCCCUGUCAAUCCUCCGCAACCACAACAGGAACAACCGUUCCAUCAUCAAGCCCCGAUAUCCGGCAGUGGUCCGUCCUACGGACCUGAUGUUUCUGCAAACUACCCUCCGCCAGCACAUACAGCCGCAACCCCCCUGUCCCAAAUACCCGAGCGUGCAGUUCACGCCCCACCGUUCCAAACAUAUGGAUAUCAACAACCCUCGGCCUACUACCCUGUCUCGUACCAGCCGGGGCCUGUUUAUUACCCUGUUUCGGGCACAGAAUAUGCGCCAUAUAAUGGGGUUGGGACGGGACCAGGCGCUUCUUUCCCUGCGAAUCAAAACGUCCCACACAUGGUCCCGGCUACACACACCCCAUCUGAAACAACAUCACAAGCAGGCACAGUUGCACAUGAGUCAGGCGGCACGGUUUAUUAUCUUGAUGCUUCACAAAUGUACCCAGGACCAGCGUAUGGCGGCGGGCCCCCCCAAGGUGGCGCUGUUGGCAUGGGUGGGAUGAUGACGCCUGGUACUACAUAUUACCAUUAUCCUCAACCCCAGGGUGUUUAUUAUCCUUCACAGUAA